UAUUAGUGUACUUUUACUUUCAUUUCCGGCUUUGUGAAGGAUGUAAACACAAUAUUAUUACAGAACAGAAAAGGGAUAAACUAUCUGUAUUUCGACAGAUAUAUUUGUGAAAUGUACAUUUCCUGAAGCAUUCUUCAUCUUUGGUGUAAAGAAUCUGAAAUUAAGCUGAAAAUGGAAUCUGAGGAGCAGGAAUCUUUAUUGCCACGACGGCGUCCAGCUCCACCAGACAGGUUUAAUGCAGUAUUCAUUGUCUUCUACUUUCUUGGCAUUGGGUCAUUGCUUCCUUGGAAUUUUUUUAUUACAGCAAAUAAGUAUUUCCAGUAUAAACUCAGGAAUAUCACCCUACCAUGGGAUGAUGGAUACUUCAAAACUGAUCUACAAUUCAACUUUGAAAGCUCCAUCACCAUUGCUUCAACAGUACCAAAUGUUUUGUUCAACUUUAUUACAGCCAUUUUGGCAUCUAGGAUUCCACUGAAAGGACGAAUGGUGUUCUCCAAUGUUACAGUAGUUGUGGUGUUUGUCAUUACUUUAGCACUUGUAAAAAUUGACACAGAUCAUUGGCAAGCUGUAUUUUAUUCCAUAACUUUGUUGUCAGUAGUUGUUCUUAGUGCUGCCAGCUCUGUGUAUAUGGCUUCAAUGUUUGGCUUAGCAGGCAUGUUUCCUAUCAAAUACAUGCAAGCUAUCAUGAGUGGACAGGCAGUAGGUGGAGUUUUUGCAGCUCUUGCCAAUAUUUUGUCCAUCUCACUUAGUGGAUCUGAUGAAAGAGACAGUGCUUUUGUCUUCUUUACCAUAGCAACAGUGACCAGCCUUGUAUCUUUAGUAGGAUACCUCACACUUUAUACAAAUGAUUUCUCAAAGUAUUAUAUAUAUUAUCAAGAGGAAAUAGAAGUUAGUGUGCCUGAAGAAACUGAUGAUGAUGCAGUGGUUGUAAGGAAGGAGAACACGGUGCAGAAUAUCCCUUCAGAUACCAGAUCACCGUAUCGAAUUGUUUGUAAAAAGAUCUGGCUGGACAGUUUAGGAGCAGGCUUUGUGUUUUUUGUUUCCCUGACAUGCUUCCCUGCUCUAGCGUCGGCCAUUGUAUCGACCCUCGAUGUCUCUAGUGUCUGGAAAGAUCAGUAUUUCUCAGCUGUAGUGUGUUUCCUUUUGUUCAACAUGGGGGAUUGGUGUGGCAGGGCAACAGCUGGCGCUAUAAGAUGGCCAAAUGAACACCAUAGAAAGAAAAUACUGAUUAUUUGUGCCAUAAGGAUUGUCUUCAUACCUCUCAUCAUGUUCUGCAAUAUACUGCCCAGAAAGAACACUCUCGUAAUAUUUGAUAAUGACUUUUGCCCCCUUGUAUUCAUUCUAACACUAGGCCUUACCAAUGGAUAUUUCUCAACACUGUGCAUGAUGUAUGGACCAAAGAGAGUAGAAAAUAGAUAUGCAGAAUAUGCAGGGACAUUUAUGUCCGUUUCCCUGACAAUGGGAUUGGCUGCUGGUUCCCUCCUUGGAUUCCUACUGAUUAGAAUUGUAUAAAUUAUGUGAUAGUUACAUUGACCUAGAACUGUGUUAAAUAAUCUCUUUGGAUCAUUAACAUAGCAACCUAAAACUGUGUCAAAUAUUGUUGGACUUUCAACAAAGAGACCUAGAUCUGUGUUAAAUAACCUCGUUGGACUGUUAAAUAGCAGGCACACAGUAAGAGAAUUGUGAAGUCAGCUUCUACUCACGCUGCCCCCUCCCCACUUUGAAAAAUAGUGCUACAUGCCUAGAGAUCUAGAUCUGUGUCAAAUAAUAUUAAUAUGAUUUAAUGUUUUAAUAGAAUGACAAGAGAUGUUGCAUUUUAAUAUCUGAUAUUUUUUCUGAACUUGGAGACUAUUAAAACAGUUAAAUUGGCUGUGAAUCUGCAAAUAAAUGAUCUUAUUAAAAUCAGAUACAAUCUGUA